AUGGUGGGUCCGGAGGAUGCAGGAGCCUGUUCGGGAAGAAACCCCAAGUUGCUCCCGCUGCCGGCGCCGGAGCCCGUGGGCCAGGACAGGAAGAUGAUCCGGGCCACGGGCGGCUUCGGCGGAGGCGUCGGCGCUGUGGAGCUGCCGGUGGAGGAGGAAGAGGAGAAGGAGACGCCGCCUCAGCAGCUCCUUAGGCGCUACCUCGCGGCGGCCGGGGGACAGCUGGAGCCGGGGCUGUGCUACUGUCCACUUCCCGCUGGCCAACCCCGCGCGCCGCCGACCCCGGCAGCCCCGCGCUCGGACGCCUGCCCGCGGGACUCAGGCUCCAAGCACCGAGGCGCGGAGGCGGCGGAUGCCCGUGCGCCGCGGCACAGAGGCAUGACCAACGGAGAUUCGGGCUUUCUGCCGGGCCAGGACUGUCGCGACCUGGAGGAGCCUCGAGAGCUGGCCCGCGCGGGCGGCCGGGACCCGCGCCACCGCCGCCUUCCCCCGGAGGGGCCUGGCGACGAGGGCGCGGACGGUGAGGGCAGUCCGUCCGACUGGGCCGCGCCACUCGAGCACCCGCUGCGGAGCUGCUGCCUGGCGGCCGCGGACGCUGACAAGUCCCAAGGUGCGAGCAGCGGCUCGGGGGGCAGCCCGGCCAGCGACAGCAGCAGUAGCGAGGACUUGGAGCGGCCGGGAGCCGGCGCUGGGGGUCCACAGGAGGGCUCGUUGGCCGCCGCCUCCGCCGAAAGGACUAGCUCGGGCGCGGAGCCGCGCCCCGGCGUCUCGGACGUUCACGUGAACUCUCGGAACACGUUCGAGGUGAGCCGCGACCACCUGCCCCCAGCCGGGCCGCCGGUGCCCGCGCCCGCCGCGGAGCAGGGCGCCGCGGGGACCUCGGCCCGGGCUCGACGGAGCGGCGGUUUCGCCGACUUCUUCGCCAGAAACCUUUUUCCAAAAAGGACAAAGGAACUCAAAUCAGUUGUCCAUAGUGCUCCUGGUUGGAAAUUAUUUGGUAAAGUCCCUCCCAGAGAGAAUCUUCAGAAAACUUCCAAAAUCAUUCAACAGGAGUAUGAAGCACGAACAGGGAGGACCUGUAAACCACCACCUCAGUCUUCAAGACGUAAGAAUUUUGAAUUUGAACCACUUUCUACCACCGCCCUGAUUCUUGAGGAUCGACCAUCAAAUCUUCCUGCCAAAUCUGUGGAAGAAGCUUUACGUCACCGACAAGAAUAUGAUGAAAUGGUGGCUGAGGCUAAAAAACGAGAAAUUAAAGAAGCCUAUAAAAGGAAAAAAAUAAUGAAAGAACGAUUUAAACAGGAAGAAAAUAUCGCAAGUGCAAUGGUAAUUUGGAUCAAUGAAAUACUGCCCAAUUGGGAAGUAAUGCGUAGUACAAGAAGAGUUCGAGAAUUGUGGUGGCAGGGAUUGCCCCCUAGUGUUCGUGGGAAAGUUUGGAGUCUAGCUGUAGGAAAUGAACUAAAUAUCACUCCUGAACUUUAUGAAAUCUUUCUCUCGAGAGCAAAAGAACGAUGGAAAAGCUUUAGUGAAACAAGUUCAGAAAAUGAUACAGAAGGUGUAUCUGUUGCUGAUCGGGAGGCCAGUCUGGAAUUAAUUAAGUUGGACAUAUCCCGUACAUUUCCAUCCCUUUACAUCUUCCAGAAGGGUGGUCCAUAUCAUGAUGUCUUACAUAGUAUCUUAGGGGCAUAUACGUGUUACAGACCUGAUGUUGGUUAUGUCCAAGGGAUGUCCUUCAUAGCAGCAGUUCUUAUUCUCAAUUUGGAAGAGGCAGAUGCCUUCAUUGCGUUUGCAAAUCUCCUCAAUAAGCCCUGCCAGUUGGCCUUUUUUCGUGUGGAUCACAGCAUGAUGUUGAAAUAUUUUGCAACGUUUGAAGUAUUUUUUGAAGAAAAUCUCUCCAAACUAUUUCUUCAUUUUAAAUCUUACAGUCUUACACCAGACAUAUACUUGAUAGACUGGAUCUUCACACUGUAUAGCAAAUCACUCCCACUUGAUCUGGCCUGUAGAGUCUGGGAUGUAUUUUGCAGAGAUGGGGAGGAAUUUUUAUUUAGGACUGGAUUAGGAAUCCUCCGAUUAUAUGAAGAUAUUCUUCUACAAAUGGACUUUAUUCAUAUAGCACAGUUCCUAACUAAAUUGCCAGAAGAUAUCACAUCAGAAAAGCUGUUCAACUGUAUUGCAGCCAUUCAGAUGCAGAAUAGCACCAAAAAAUGGACUCAGGUCUUUGCCUCUGUAAUGAAGGAUAUUAAAGAAGGAGACAAGAAUAAUAGUCCUGCUUUGAAAAGCUAA